AUGCCUAAGAAAGGAAUCUCAGUUUUUGCUCAACACUCACACAUGUGGCUUAACCCUUUGUUUAAGGGUUGUUAUGAUUUCCAUGUUGCUUUGAUAGUUGACUUGAUUAGUUCUAUUGAAAUCUAUGAGCACGAGAGUGGAUUAGAUUUCGGAAUUCAACCUUUGUGUAUGCAUAAUACACGACGUGCCAAUCUCCCACUAGAACCUUUCCAAGAGGAUCUCGGUAAUUACGAAAGAGUCAUGAGAAGAAGAGCCCGGAUUCCUUUAGUUAUGGAGGGUGACAGGCAUAAUUAUGAGGCAACAAGAGCGACCAAGGGAUGCUCACCCUCGAGUGCACCCGCAAGUGCAAAACCAAUCGAGGAAAACCUUGGGCGAUUUUUCUUGCCGGAUGUGGAUAACGCCACGUUCGGAUGUUUCGCUAUGCCGGUUCAAGCGGCGACUUUUGAGAUCAAGCCUAGUACUAUCCAACUCUUGGAGAACCGUUGUGCUUUUUAUGGGUUGACGCAUGAGGAUCCAAAUGCACAUAUAGCCAAGUUCUUGGGGGUUCUUAACACGUUCAAGCUUCAUGGGAUAACCGCAGACCAAAUCAAGCUCCGGAUGUUCCCCUUCUCUUUGAGGGAUAAGGCUAGUUUGUGGCUCCAAUCUCUACCCAAUGAAUCAAUUCAUACUUGGCGGGAGUUAGCUCAAGCUUUUCUUAACAAGUACUUUCCACAUGGAAAGACAACGAAGCUAACCAAAGACAUUCUCGAGUUCGUGCAAUUCGACGGGGAGUCGUUCUAUGAAGCUUGGGAGCGUUUUAAGGAUUUACAAAGAAGCGUCCCCCAUCAUAAGCUUAACAAGGAGCAUGUGAUUCAAAUUUUCUAUGAUGCAACAAAUGUCACCACUAGACCUACUAUUGAUGCGGCUUCGGGGGGGUCUUUAAUGCAAAAGACGUAUGAAGAGGCUCUUGAGUUGGUAGAAAAGUUGACCAUGGUUAGUAGCACAUGGGGGCCCAUGGAUAGAAGGGCACCGGCUAGUCAAAAGUCGGUAAUGACGCUUGACCAAGUUAGGGAGAUGGAGGCUAUCAAGGAAAAAAAUGCUUCACUCCAAGCGCAAGUGGAUGCUUUGAAUAAACAAGUUGCACCAAGAAAUGCUCCGGUGGCCUAUGUCCAAGUAGGAUGCGAGUUUUGUGGGGAUUUCAACCACUCGGGGGGCGAAUGCCUAGUUACGGGGCAAAAUAUGAGUGAGCAAGUGAACUAUAUAGGGGGUCAAAGUCACAAUAGACCUCCACAACAACAAGGUCAUUACCAAGGAAAUCCAAACCAUGAGAACAAUUAUGGUGGUAGACUGCAACACCCUCCCGGUUUUCAACAACCACGGAACACGGAUGAGGGAAAUGUGCUUGCCAAGGUACUUGUGAAAUUGGAAAAAAUAGAGCAAAGGGAGAAGAACCAAGCUUCCACCAUUCAUCGUUUGGAAACUCAAAUUUCUCAAAUGGCUAUCUCACUUCAAGGUAGACCUCAAGGGGGAUUGCCCUCUACUACGGAGAACAACCCAAGAGAGCACCUUAAAGCGGUAGAGCUUAGAAGUGGGAGAAACUUGGAAAAAUCCAAUGGUAAAAAGCAUGUUGUUGAGGAGGAUGAACCUCAAGCGGUUGUUGACAUAGCAAGCUCAAGUCAAGACCCACCUAGUGCUUGUGAGGAGGUGACUAUUGAGGUUGAAGAGCCAUAUGUGAGACCACCGCCUCCUCCAUCAUUUGUACCACCGGUUCCCUUGGCGGAUGCGCUUCGAGAGAUGCCACAAUAUGCCAAGUUCUUGAAGGACAUCAUUACCAACAAACGAAGUUGGGAUAGUGGCGCAACGAUUCCCAUUCGGGAAGUGUGUAGCUCCAUUAUUUUGAAUGACCUACCGGCUAAGUUGAAGGAUCCAGGGAGUUUUUCUAUACCUUGUACUAUAGGAAAUAUGAGUUCAAUAAAAUGCUUAUGUUAUCUUGGUGCUAGCAUUAAUCUUAUGCCUCUAACUCUUUUCAGGACUUUAUGUGGCGAUCAAACCGUGAAGAGCACCUCUAUGGUACUCCAACUAGCGGAUCAUUCAUUGAAGAGGCCGUAUGGGAUUGUUGAGGAUGUGCUUGUGAAAGUGGAUAAGUUCAUAUUCCCGGUUGAUUUUGUUAUAUUGGACUAUGCGGUUGAUAAGGAGUGCCAAUAA